UGAAGCGAGCAUCUCACAAUUCCUGUCCUCUCCCUCACCGGCAAUCUUUCUGUCUUCUUCUCUCCACCCCAUCGUGAAUGAUCGCCCAGGAUCUGGAUCAGCUUGACGGGAUCCCACUGCCCCGAAUUUAGCUUUCCCGAAGCUAACAGGGCUACUAGAAGCUAAGAAGCAGCCCAGCGCCAAGGGUUCGUCCAUCAUUUUUCGGCUCUCCGCCCGGCGUGGAAUGUGAUGGUGGUGGUGUUGGUGAGGUGCUCCUUGUCCAUCCCAGCUGGGAGCUCUUCUCAACGUCUUCGCUCACAUUCUGCCUUUGCUUCGUCAAGGCCUCACUCAUCCCUCUCCUACAUUCUCUUCCCUCCCUCCCUCGCUCUUUUCCUUUUCUCAUUCGAUUCAGUCACUCUUUUGGAACCGUUAUUUUUAUUCUUUGGGGCCCCCUUCUCCUUGUCUCGGUCCUUUGGUUCUUUAUCCCCGAUCUCCUCCGCCUUUUGGUCCCCUCUUCGCCAGCCUCUGCGCCGCCAACCACCACCGGGAAAAAUAGAGAGAGGGGGAAAAAAAAAUAACAGAAAGCCUCUUUCGUCAACACCGGACACCGAGCUUCUCCUGUUUUGCGACCGAAACCUUCUGCCGCAUAUAUAAGCAAGGCUUGUCGUCAUCUGCCCUUCCUCCUUCCUCGCUUGCCCUGCGGCGCCUUCCCCCGGGACCAGGGCCUCCGAUGGCGAUAAAAUAGUUUGUUGGUUUUCAAGCA